AUGCUCCUGGCUAUCCGUGCGAGCGAACCAUCGAACCUACCACUCGCCGCGUCGUCACAAAUCCAGUGCGCUGUCGGUUCGCGCGGCCAGCAGCUGGUCCCGAUCCUCUGCAGGUCGGGAGAAUUCGACUCUACCGCGUCGGAGCACACCCGCGAACCGCGUGCGCGUCUGCCGCCUCGAUUUCCCAAUUCCGACGAGCGAGACCAGGAACCAUCACCGAGCCGCAUCCAAAAGAUCGCUGCAGCCGAGAUGGACGUUAGCUAUACCGACCCUUCCUCCCAGCGCCGCGACGGUGCACAACUUCAACCACCUAUAUCCGCUGUCAUGGAGACCACCACGUCUAGCACGCGCGGUUCUAAGCGGGCUGGCGAGAAUCACAGUCAAUACAGCACGCCCAAGCGGCAACGGCCGGGCGUUCCUGAGCCUGGCCCGGGUCCCACCCCACAUACCCCAUCGGACACGACUCGCUCGCCCGCCUCCCCGCUCCCUGGGUCUGCCUGCGCCCAGAUGCUAGUUUGUAAAUCGACCCCUCGGUCUUACCCUCCCUCCCUCGACACCAUCUUGGUCCGGGUAUCUGCGUUCGACCCUCCCCGAGAGUGUCCGGUAGACGCCCUAUCUGCCAUCUAUGUCUCCCCGGCGGACGCCGACCGGCGCACCUCUUUUGCCCUCAUCCCCGACGAGCGCGAAUGGCGGCUGUUCCUUACUCAGCUCAAGACCUCGGGCGUCCCUCUCGACCCCAACCGCUACUACAACCCUACCUUGCCCGUGAGCAUCCGUAUCUGGGCGCUGCCCUCAGCUCAGACUCCUCAGGACGUUAUCGCGCCGGUGUUACCUAGUGUAGAGGUCGUAGAUCUCCUCACGGACGACGAACUUGAUCCCUAUCUACGUGAUAGAGAUGCUACGAACGUCCUUUCGGGUAGCGAGCCCGACCUCGCUGAGUCCGACCUCGCUGAGUCCGACCUCGUUGAGCCCGAGGACAGAGAGGCGUUCGAGCCAGGACCCAUCGACCCCAGCAUCGUUGAGGCGGUCCGCCGCGACAUGUGCAAAUUCUUCGGCAUCGAUCCCAGCGACGUCCUAAAGCCUGGCUUCACACAUACCCCUCCGGGCAUGAAGAAAGGCCUCCGGUUCCACCAGCUCUGGGCCUUUUUCUGGGUGUUCGCUAGCAAGGCGGCCCGUGGUAUCGCCACUGCCCUCCUCGCUGACGAAAUGGGACUCGGCAAGACGGUCAUGUCCCUGGCCGUCGCCGUCCUUAGCCACCGCCUGCGCGCGCAGGCCGAUCACGUCUCCCGGCACCCUGACCAGCACCUCGCAGCCGAUGACGAGCGCACCAAGUGCCCGUCAGGAACCUACACUCACGGGUUCCAAUGCCCCUGCGAGGCCCGGCAGCUGUUCUCCAAGUUCGUGGACGCCAGCCCCGACGACGGCAUGAUCCUCCUCACGCUGCCCGACGAUCCCGCGCCUGUGCGCAGUCUCAUCGCCGACAUCAACAUCGCCAAGCUACCCCGCGGGCCUCUUCACGAGCAGCAAGAAGCCGGGCCUGCAAGACGAAGGCGCCAGGCUCAAACCCAAGCCCGGCCAGUCUCGGUACAUCCUGCUGAUUCCCAACACGUCGGCCUCCAGUUCGCCGUCCAGCCGGGCAGGAUCAUCGUGGACGAGGCCCACUGCAUCAAGGGCGAGACCACCAUGCUCUGGGAUCGCAUCCGGCGUUGGCAGUGGCGCGCUCGGAGUCCCACUUACCUCCUUGCCCUGACGGGCACACCUAUGACCCGGGACCCGGCGGACUUCGAGAGGCUGGUGGAGCACCUGAACCACCCAGGCGCCGGCUGGAGCAGCCCUCUCCGACCGCCCGCCACGUCCACGCUUCAGGCGCUCAAGCGGCUGACCUCGCAUUACAACAAGACGCUCGCCCGCGGCCUCGGCGCCGCCGCCGCCGGCUCGGAAUCGGAAUCGGAUCAGCAGCAGCAGCAGGUCUUCCUCUCCGACCUCAGCGCCCUCGUGCUCACCUUCACCCUCCGCCGCCGCCGAGACGACGACUGUCCCGUCCACGUUACGAUUAGCCGCUCGUCCUCAAGCCGCUACCUGAAGCCCCCAAACGCACAGGCGCCUGCGUUGCUUGACGAGCGCCACGCCAGGUGGGAGGAGCUGCCAGAACAUCGUCGAGGUACCGAGCCCACCUUCGAGCUCCUCGUCCGCCAGAUCAGUGCCGGCGCCCCCAACACUAGCAGCAGCUUCCGCCUGCUCAGGCUGUGCGCCACGUUCCCAGCCCUGGCUCGCCUCCACUCCCAAGCGCCCUACUGCGAUUGGAGCCUCACCGGCGAGGACUUCCGGGGCGUCUUCACUAAGGGCACCAUCAUGGAGGCCCGGGCCAAAUCUAAGGCAUGGCCCUUCUGGCGCGACAUCUGCAACGGCAGCACUAAGAUGGAGCAGCUCGAUAUACAGAUCCGCAAAAUGCUGGCCGACCGAGAGCCAGCGCACGGUACGAACGACGUCGUGUCCGACAAGAAGAUGCUGGUCUAUUCUGACUCGCCCUUCGUCGCCCACCUGGCGUUUUUAUGGAUCGCCAACACCUUCGACAUCCCCGUCCAGAUGGUUGAUCGCGGCAUGAGCGCGGCCAACCGCGUGGCUGCUAUAGAGCCCUUCGUCACCGUCUCUCUCGACCAGCUACGGCGCGAAUACUACCACCCCACGGAGUCCCCCUCUCCCCAAGUCCUAGUCACCACCGUCGGCAUCAUCGCCGAGGGUCUCAACCUGGCCCGGGCGAAUUACCUCGUCCUGCUUGGCCCCCUUGGCACCGUCGCUAAGCAACUACAGAUUGGCUGUCGUAUCAACCGCGAGGGUGGGUUUUUCACCCCGCACCUGACCCUGCUUCUCGACCCGGACAAUAAGGCCGAGAUGGUCGUUCGCCGGCGGCAGCUGAACCGCGCCACCAUCGAGACGGAGGUGUGGGGCAAUACGAAGUAA